ACAAGAGACAAAUGCACGAUGCCAAUGCAACUGUCGUGCUAUCAACAAUAUUUGUGCUGGUUUGUAGCGUUCUCCAGGAGGCAGCAGGGGCGGAAGCGAACAGAGCGUACCUCUACUCCUGCGUUGUGCGGUUAGAGAAUAAUAUUUUAUAUUUUAAUGAAUUUAUAAUAAUAAUUGUGAAAUGUGCCUCCCGGCAGCGACAUUCAGUUUGAACGCGUACACAAACCUUAACGCAGUGAAUUUAUAUUUUUUGUUUAAUAUCCUUUUUGUUGUUUUGCUUUUGUAUCGAUGGCGAUGUUUGCGACGACGACCCUGUCCCAGCCCCAGCCCCUGCACCUGCCCCCCACUUUGGCAGUUCGAUUAUAAUGAGAUUAUUUAGCCAUUAUACGACGCGACGUGGAACGUAAUGACAUCUCUUAAAUGUAUAUAGUAUAGGUACGUUUGGGCAGGAUGUGUAGCAGGAUGUGGGUGUUGGGAGUGUAAGAGCAGAGAAAGGACGUGAGUGCACGGGCGAACACGUACAAGCAUUGUCCUUGUCAUUUCGGUGCGCGGAGCUAAUUAUCAUUAUUCAUUAAGUUAAUUUAGUCGACGCACCAAGCACACAGGGUGUUCGUGUGUAGAUAAGAGACGGCUGAAGGACUCUCUAGUUUAUAAUUUAUCUGUAAGCCUGAGCCUGAGCGAGUGGUGUAGGAUGAUGCGCUGUUUUAUAUAGAAUGAGAGGAGUUGAAAGCAGAACAGAGGUGCCAAUGUCAGUAUCCGUGCCUGUGCCAGUGUUGGAGCUAGCUGAUGGCAAAAGGAUACACAUACAGGAUACAGAGGGUAGCAUAGCUAUUAUAUUUUAAACACUUUGUGAUCUUAAAAUUUAACAUAAAAGUCCUCUAAAUAAAAAAGAACAACUUUAAGAUGGGUAAAAAAGGUAAAUCAAAAAACAAACUUGCAAAGAUGUCCGAAGAAGAACGGGCUAGAUAUUUGCAACUUCGUGCAGACAUUGAAGAAGAAGCUCGUCGUCGCAAACAACAUCUUAUAUCACUUUAUAUGAAGAAUAAACUCAAACGUGAAGAUGCGUUUUCACGAUUAAAUUUAGCAAAAAUAAAUCAAGAAUGGCGUUCGAUUUUGCGACAGAUUAAAUGUCAAGAUUUAAAAAACGAAAUGAUUGAAGUGGAGAAAUUCUUUAGAAUUGCAUUGGAACGAAAAGAUCGAAUUAUUCAUCAACUUUUGAAUGAGUUGGAUAUAGCUGAGGAUAUGAAUGCAACAUUGCAACAAUCCCAAAUGGAAAUUAUUAGAAAAAUGAUUUCAACUCAAACCCAUCGAAUGCAAUUCUUCAAAGAUCAUUACACAAAACAUAAAACAAUUAUUUUACAAAAAUGCCAAUCGGACUUUCAAGCAUUUAAACGUAAUCGCAACAAAGCUCGAGAAGAACUUGAAUGUGUUGCUUAUGGUUUGGAAGAUAAGGCUGAGGCUAGUUUAAAAGAAAAACAUGAGGAUCAUCUUCAGCGUUUGGAUGAAAUGAGAAGUUCGAUGACUCUUCAACUUGAAGAAAUCACUAAAGAACGAGAACAAAAAUUAGAAUACCUUUGGAAUAAAUACCAGGAAGUGUUGACAAACUAUGUCAAAUACACCGAAAGCUUCUAUGUUGAGUACAUGGAAUUGAAAGAAACCGAUGAACAGAGCAAUAGUAUUAUUCGUGAGCAAUGUUAUGAAAUCGAACGAGCUACAGAGCAAAUUGCUAAUUUGAAAAUAGCAGCUGCUAAUGCAUCAGAUGAAGCAGAAUCACAAGUUGAAUACCUGCAAAAACUUCGUACUGAUUUGACAGAACGUUUGGCUCAAAUGAAAACCGAAUUUAAUGAACAACAGAAACUUGAUGAGAAGGAAUUUAAAACUAUGGUUGUUGCAAGUCAUAAUAUUUUAAAGGAUUUGGAGAAACACGUUAAGAAAGGUGAAUCAAUAUUACAGCUUGCUGCUGUGUGUCGCCGUUUGGAAACAGAAAGGGAAAAAGUUUUGCCAUUUGGGCUUCCGAAACGAAAUCUAUUUGAAGAUACAGAAGUCGAUGAUACACCACCAAAAGAACUUCAAGGCGGAACAUUAUUGGUUUGGAAUAAUAUGGGACUAUUUUGGCGUAGAGUGAACAACGCCACACUUGAUGUUUCCAAUUUGAUACGUGAAAAGACUCAUCUUGAAGCUGAAAAUGCAAUGCUCAAGUCACAACUUCGUGACUAUUUAAUAGAUUUGAAUAUUCAAACAGGAAGCAAUGCACAUGUUAAUGAAUAUGUUGCUAAACGACCGAACAGCAUGAUGGUUGAAAGAUCUGCUAAUUUUGAGAUAAGGAAAACUAAAAGUGCUGAAAAUAAAGCUUCGAGGCGUCCUUAUACUUGCGUGGAAGCUAAUUUCUCAAAUGCAGUUCGUUCGAAAAUGUUAGUAGCUGGGAAGCCAGCAACAGCUAAAAUUAGGACUAUAAUAAGACAAAGAACAUAAUAAAUAAAGUAA